UCGUGCAAUAGGGUGCACCCUUCUCGGAUCGUGCACAACACUGACUAGCUAGGAAUACAGAAGAAAAACUGCAUAACAACUUUUGUUUAAAAUGUGAGUGUUUUUUGUGUCAUCGUGUAACCGGUUCACGUUGGUACCAACUCGAAAUAUUUAUAGCAGACGAAUUUACUGGGAGAUGAAAAUAGGAAAUUGUUUUCACUGUUAUCCUGCCAAGGGGUUGGGUUAUCGGAGUUAGCUACUUGCUACCAAACGUUAGCUGCUAACUAGCUAAACAACUAAUCAAGGGCUGGCAAAUCCUACAUUAUUUGUUGACAAACUGUCCCUUGCAUUUGAGAAAUAAACAUUUCCCGAAGAGAAAAAUACAAACGAUCAAACUUAAGGAGCUGGUGGAUGCUGGAUAGCUAGCUACCACUGCCUACUAAGCUAUUCUUAUCCGGAUGGGAAGCUUGUGUGCAUGAGCACGCUUCCUUCCUGUAAGUUCUAUUCUCCAUUCUCUAGCUGGUGCAAAUGGAGUCAACAAUGGACCCAACGCCUAAUGUCACAGAUAACUUGUAUAAAAUGACUGAAGAGGACGUCAAGAGGUUAAUAGAACUGCGUUCCUCCAAUGAGGCUCUUUUCACAGGAAAAAGAAAUGCUGCCAAGGUUGCCUGGAAUGCAAUUCUAAAGGGAUUAGGUCUUGAGGGAAAGCUGACAGCUGACCAGAUUGCCAAAAAGUGGGAAAAUCUGAAGACUAGAUACAAGGACACUGUUGCUACCAGCAUAGCCUCCUGGCCCUGGUUCCAACUUAUGGAUGAGGCCAUGGAUGGACGCCUCUUCAACAGCGCCCACGUUUUGGCGGUGGAAUCUUUGGGUGGUGAGGAUCCAGGUGCUCCAUCGCCAUUAACCAACGAGAGAGAACAGGGGACCGAGGGUGCUGACAUUUUGGAGUUCUUGAUCAAAACGGAAAUGGAGGACAGUGCAGGGGCAGGGAACUUGGAGAACAAUGCAACAGUUAACACUGAUGCAACUCAGACCGGGGCCCCUACUACUAUGGGCUGGCGAAGAAUGUCAGAAUGCUCAUAUAAAAUGACAGAGCAGGAGACAGAGAGAAUGAUAAAGCUGCGUGCCGUGAAUGAGGCUCUCUUCACAGGCAGAAAACAUACUGCUAAGCCAGCCUGGAGAGCUAUUUUGAAUGAGUUGGGUCUUCAGGGAAAGGUGACUACUGACCAGCUAGCCAAAAAGUGGGAUAACCUCAAGAGGCGAUAUAAGGAGUUGAAAUGUCCAGCCCGCGGCAUGGAGAGCAACCCAAAUUCCUGGCCCUGGUUCUACCGCAUGAAUGAUGCCGUCGAGGGGCGAUUCGCCGGCUGCGCCCCCAUCCUGACGCCAGUAGUAGAGGAAGGUGAUGAGGAGUUUGAGCCCUCUCCACCACCAAGGAAGAGGGCUCGUCGGACACCAGGGAGGGGGGGAAUGUCGGAGUUCUUGACAGAGUCAGAAAUGGAUGAGCUGGUAGAAACAGAGGAUAGGAACGGUGCAGCCAUAGGGGAGUAUCACAGGACCACGGAAUUCUCAUAUAAGCUGACUGAAGAGGACACCAAGAGAUUGAUAGAGCUGCGUGCUUCCAAUGAGGCUCUUUUCACAGGGAAGAGAAAUACUGCCAAGCCUGCCUGGAGGGCAAUAGUAAAAGAGAUGGGCCUCGCAGGCAAGUUGUCUGCUGACCAGGUCUCUAAAAAGUGGGACAACCUGAAGACAAAAUUCAAGGACUUGAAGUACCCGCCACGUGGCAUGGAGAACCAGAGCAGCCCUGCCUCCUGGCCUUGGUUCCAACUUAUGAACGAUGCUUUCGAGGGCCUACUGGCCGGGAGAGCCCCCAAAAUAACGCCUGUAUGGAUGAGCGAGGAAGACUACUUGUUUGUAUCCUCACCGAUGCCUACAGAGAGAGACCCGUGUCCCAUGCCAGAGAGGAGUGGGAUUUCGGAGCUGGAAGAGGGAAUGGGACCAGGGGACACAGAUGUGGAUGGAACGGUUACGUUCAUCGAUGCCAGUGGAGAGGAGUGCCCCACACCUUUGGAAUUCUCCUAUAAAAUGACAGAGCAGGAUACGAGGAGGCUGAUCAAGUUGCGUGCUGCCAAUGAGGUUCUCUUCACUGGAAGGCGAAAUGCUGCCAAGACUGCAUGGAAGGCCAUUUUAAAAGAGUUGGGUCUCAUGGGAAAGGUGUCAACUUACCAGGUGGCCAAGAAGUGGGACAACUUAAAGAGGAGAUAUAAGGACCUGAAGUACCCUCCUGUGGGCAUGGAGAGCAUGGCAGACAAUGCUGCUUCCUGGCCAUGGUUCUACCUCAUGAACGAGGCCAUGGAGGGCCGCCUUGCUGCCAGCGGACCCGUCCUGACCCCUAUAACGGAGGGUGACGACCCCGAGCCUUCCCCUUCGCAGCCCACUCGAAAUAGAGGACGCCAGUUGCUGGACAGGGGCGACACCACACUGGAGUACGACCAAGAGAUGUAUGCGGACCCCGCCACAGAGGAGUGCGACCGGGCCACAGCAGAGUGUGAGAGGGCCCUGAGAGAGGAGAGGUUGGGUAGGGGGCCAGCUGGGGGCAAUGCUGCUCACAAGGGAGUAACACUGGAGAGAGAGUGGGAGAUGGUGGAGAGGGAGAGGGCAGCAAUAGAGGGGGAUAGAGCGGCGGUGGACAGAGAGCGGCAGUGGCUGGACAGCGAGAGAGCCAACUUGGCAAGAGAGAGGAUGCUGUUGGAACAGGAUCGGGUGGCACUGGGGAGAGAGAGAGAGGCCUUUGAGAGCCAGAGGGCAGCAGUGGUGAUGAACAGCGCUACAGUGGUGCACACUGGACACAUUAACCACUGUGGGAUGGGGAUGUAGACUGAUGGUAUAGACAGCCUUGGAAGCCAAGGACUAAUCAAGAACCUUCAAGUUACUUGGAGAACAGACUUUUCAGCAUGUUUUCACCUUAUUGGCUUGAGAUUAAUCUAUUUUUACACUCUCUAAACUUAAUGGUUUGUUCAACUGAACCAGUGAGAGAUUUCAAUCUGUGACAUUGUGCACUUGUUUUGAAUGACAUUUGGGAAUUUCUCUGUGUUGUACUUCUUUUGACAGAGUAGGCUAAUGAUAUAAGCCGUAACGUUUUUAUGAUUUGACUCAUCUCAAUGACCUCAUACCGUCUUUUCAGUCUUGGUAGCAAUUACAAUAUAUUGUAAUAAAAUACAAAUAAGCACCAUAAGUGAGAGAACUGAACGCUUCUAAAAGUACUAACUUUUAAAAUGUGUCUGUGAAAGCUGUUUUCAAUUUCAAACAAUUAAAAUGCUGUAACGUACUGCAAAAAAA